AAGAAAAGGAGAAAUAUUUGUCUUUCCUUAAUUUCCAGAAGAAGAAGGCUCUCUGUGAGAGAGAGAGAGAGACCACAGAAGAAGGCGAGAUCGAGAAAGAGAUUCUCCGCUGAUAGCAUCGAAGCUUAGGAGGAAACCAAUGUAUCCGACCGGUCAACAGAUGUUUGCCCAAACGAUGAUGGAGUUGGAUCCAAAAGAAACAAGCUCAAGAGAUAAUGGAGGAGGAGGGAUGUCUCAUGCUGAGUUUGCUUUGUUCAAUUCCGACAGGCUUCAGUCUGAUCUCGAAGACAUGGGCAACAAGAUCAAACAGCACGAAGACAACUUGAAGUUUCUCAAGUCUCAGAAAAACAAACUUGAUGAAUCAAUCCUCGAAUUGCAAGUUCAUAUGAGCAAGCUUCAUACGUCAGGCACUUGUAGAACUGAAACCCAAGAUGAUAAUACCAUAAACGAACAGAUCCUUGAGCACGUUAACUCAGCCGCUGGAGUUUUGAGUUAUGUUCAGUCUCAUCACUACUCGCAGGCUUCUCAGUUAGAUAUGACUAACGGUGUGGUUGGAGUUGUAGGCAAACUGGGGAAAGUCAAUGACGAUAACCUCAGCCAGGUUUUGUCGGAUUACUUAGGGACACGGUCGAUGUUGGGACUUGUAUACAAGGAUUACAAAAGUGUUAACCCUUUGGAGAAGUAUGACAACCACGGCUACGUUGAUAGAAACGGUGCCAUUCACGGUCUUGCCUCUUCCAUUGGCAGAACCAUUGAUGGCCAUUUCCAUGUCAUCUCUCUAGAAAAUCUCAGAGCGUAUGUUGGCAAGUGCGUAGCUGGUGAUCCACAGAGAAGGCUUGAUCUUCCCAACCCCAAGUUGCCUAACGGCGAGUGUCCUCCUGGUUUUCUUGGAUACGCUGUGAACUUGAUACAGAUAGAUCCAGCUUACUUGGUUUGCGUCACGGCAUAUGGAUACGGUCUUCGUGAGACUUUGUUCUACAGUCUCUUCUCUGACCUUCAAGUUUACAAGACGAGGGUUGAUAUGAUUACUGCCCUCCCAUGCGUAACUGAUGGUGCAGUGUCUCUGGAUGGAGGAAUCAUCAGAAAUUCUGGCAUCUUCACACUUGGAACCCGUGAUGCAAAGGCAAGUGUGAGAUUUGCAAAGCCAAGUGGUUCACAGACUACGGGGAAUUAUAAUGAGGCGGAGAGGCAAAUGAAUGAGGUGAGAUGGAAGAAGGAGAAAACGCUGGAGGACAUAAAGAGAGCGCAAGUGCUCCAUGAUCAUGCUCUCUACAACUUUGGCAAGAAGAAAGAAGAGUUUGUUAGAUGCUUGGCUCAGACUCAGAGUUCAUACCCUAAUGAGAAAAUGAAAUCUCCCAGAUGAAAAGAGAGCAAGCAAAGAAGGAUGGAGCUAUGAGUAAAAGCAGUUGGGCCUAAUGCUUCUAAACAAAACCAUAUUUUUGACUUUUAAGAACCUUGGUUUUUGAUAAAAUUGCUUUCAUGGGAAAACAUCCAGCGGCGUAGUAGACUGGUUUAGUUUAGUAUCAGUUAGCUUUGGCACUCUUAUGUCUAGUCAGAAUUUUGUUUCGGUUUGACUUGACCAUGUACAUAUAUGUUGGAUAUUUUUACUAUCUAAUUCAGGCUUUCGAAUCUUA